AGCACAUCCAGCAGCCGUCGAGGUAAUCAUACAACAAGGCGGGAAACUGUGUUCUCACAGAGAUAACACCACUAGCAAGAUGGAGAACAAUUUUGAUGAACAAACCGCUGCAUUCCAUAUGAACAGUCUGUUCUUCAAGGAGAAGCGGAGCCCCGGCGAGGUGGCGGACAUCUACUCUGCCUGGUCCAAAACCUACGAGCAGCUGAUGAACUCGAAUACGUACGCGGGGCCAGCGAUGGCAGCGGAGGAGGUGGCAAAGAUGGUGCCAGACACCCGCAGGGAAGAGGUCAGGGUCCUUGACGUCGCCGCUGGCACUGGCAAAGUUGGCAUCGAAUUGUACAAGCGAGGCUUCACGUGGGUGGAGGCGGUGGAGCCAUCUUCGGGUAUGUUGGAGAUACUCUCCAACACCGGCGUCUACUCCAAAGCCUACAAGGACUUCCUCGGCCACGGUGACUCCUCCAUCCCCAAAGCGGCGUUCGACGUAGUGGUGAACGUAGGAGGGAUGGGAGAGGGGCACAUCCCUGUACAAGGCAUCGAUGACAUGAUAUCCUUCGUCAAGCCAGGAGGCCUGGUGGUGGUGGUGAUGCGGCAGGAGUACCUGGACAACGUUGAGGAGUACAGAGGGCGCCUGGAGACACGCAUGAAUCUCUUGGAGAAGAGCGGACAAUGGCACAAGGUGGUGAGGAAGAUGGUGCCUAACUACUUCUGUGAUAAAAGUGGAAUUAUCUUUGUCUACCAAGUUGUGUGAGCUACUUCUAUACCAUGCAAGUGAGGGGCCAGCUUCCGUCUCGCGCCUCCUGACUUAUGGAAGCUUCUCCUCCACUGGUCUCCUGGGGACGGACGUGCGACUGUUCCUUGAUCAAACAAAGUGCUACUUUUCCUUCCUUGCAAACACCCAACGCAACCAGGCACCAGGGACGUUAUUACGGUGUUGGAAAGCUGCUAAGACGUAAAAAUAUACCACAUCCUCCGCCACACCCACUGCAACACCCACUGCCACACCCACUGCCACACCCACUGCCACACCCACUGCCACAUCCUCCGCCACACCCACUGCCACAUCCUCCGCCACACCCACUGCCACAUCCUCCGCCACAC